AUGCACACAAGAGAAAAUACAAACAUUGAUAUCAUAAAAAGGAAUGUUGAAGAUGGUCAACUUCAAAAUAAAACUAAUAAUUGUGUUUUGAUUAUCACCGGUUCGCUCAAUCCGAUUCAUCGUUCACAUAUAAAAAAUCUUCAGCUUGUUCGAAAUUGUCUUGAAAAGCAUACAUCACAGCCAAUGAAUGUCGUUGCUGCUUAUCUAUCGCCUACACAUGAUUCGUAUGUUCGCAGUAAACUGGGCAGCGUUCAUUUUAUUUCAGCUAAAGAUCGAAUCGAACUUUGCGAAAAAGCUAUUCAAUCGGACAACGAUGCGAAAAAUUGGAUUUCUGUAGCUAAAGGUGAAAGUCAAUGUAAUGGUUUCGUCGAUUUUGAUGAAGUGAGCGAAAGCUUAGCUCAAUUUCUUAACACUACGUUACAUUGUCAAGAAAAAUUCCUCGCACAUCCAUUAAAAGUUGUUUAUGUAUGUGGUUUGGAUCAUUUUAAUAAAUGUUCUUAUGUUGCACAAUUGGCAGAGCUCGAAAAUAUGGCUUGUGCUGUUAUUUAUCGGUGUGGCGUUGAUGACUACUUGAUAAAAAAAUCGCAUGUCAUACCUACUUUAUACUAUAUUCCAUUAGAAAAUGAACGUGAACACCUUGUUGACAUCAGUUCAACAGCGAUUCGAGAAGCGUUUUUGCAUCAUACCAAUGUAGACCUUGCUGAAUUUACAUAUCCAUGUGUUGUUGACUUUUUACAAAAAAAAUACAUCGCGAAAGAGGAUUUUUCAAGUUGUUCUAAGAAUGAUUAG